UGGGGGGAGAUGGGACACCUUUAUUAGCACAAUAGUAGAUCCAAAAUGAAUGUAUUACGCAAUGCAAGCACGUUUUGUUUGGUCAUCUGAUCCAGGAAAACAUACUGGGAACCAGUUUUUGAGUAGAAAAUGUCCGACGAAUCGCAAUCAUUUCCGAGCUCUUACGAAGAUCAAAUCGACCAGUGCAACAAUUCUGCAAAACCAGUUCAACAAUCUUCACACGAAACUUCUGAGGUUGGUGGUUUGAAAUAUGUUUUGCCUUUUCAAGGGAUUUCGGCAAUUUUUUCCAAAGCACCGCAACCACAAGUUCCAUCAAGUUUGAGAAACAAUGAUGAUUCUGUAUUUAUCACCAACCCUGGUUUAAGCAAUCAAACUGUACCGACAGAUGGAAAUGCAGAACAUAAGAAGUUGGGUUCUUCUGCAAGGAGUCAAACUGAUCUGGAGCAACACAACACAGGAGCACAACCUAGUGGUGGACAGGAUAACACAAAUGUACAGAUAGAUGGUGCUGUUCAUCACAUAAUAAACAAUCAAGGUUUAACAAUCCAACCAUCAAUGAAAACAUUGUUUGUGAUGUCACCAAACAUGAUAAAGGGAAUGAACUUUCAACAGCUGCCAGUAGUGAGCUUACCAAAAUCAAUGACGUUCGGAAGGUCUGCUUCUUCUUCAGCUGUUCUUGUCUCAAAGCCUGCUACCAAGUCACCCAAAGAUGGGAAAGUUGUUGAAGUAUCUUACCCACACAGCCCCCUAUCUUCACCUGGGUAUUCUGGGGAAGUCCCUAUAAACAUCCUGUCGGACAUUCACCAACAUGGAGAUAAGAUACCAGUGACUUGCAGAAAAAAUCGGGCAAUUCUGGAUAAAAGAAAACUUGGUUCAGGUCAGCGUGGAAAAUGCAUUUCAUUCAAAGACAAAUGGAUGACACCGAGCGAAUUUGAAAUUGAAUGCGGAUUGUCCAUGUCGAAGGAUUGGAAACGUAGUAUUCGUUAUGGAGGUUGUACCGUACAGAAGUUAAUCAACGAGGGCCAUCUUCAUCCACAUUCGGCUGUUUGUACUUGUGCUGUAUGCAGUGAUGAUGAUUCAGUGACUUGUCCAGUAAGAUUAUUUCAACCAUACAAACGUCGCAAGCGAAGUGCACCAACCAACCCAUAUUCACCAGUGUACAGUCCUGUGGUUAAAUUGAUGUCUUAUAUGGAUCCCAACACACCUAACCCACCAUUACAAUCCCCAGGUCCCCCCCAUUCUGCCCCACCCGAUAACCCCCAGCAACAGAAGCAACCAACUACAACUCAUCUGCCGCAAGAAAUUGAAAAUAUUUUGAAAUCUUUUCCCUCAGAGCCUGACAUAAGCGAACAGCGCCUCUGGUGGCAACUAGAUGAAAUAUCGAACCAACUUGUGGAACAAGCAAAUAGACUGAAAGCUGCAAUAUCAGAGGCAAAGACAUACAGCAUGAACAGACGGAUGCAAUCUCUACAUUCAAUUGCUUGUAAGAUUGAACAGUGGUAUAAUGAAAAUAAACAACCAGAAGAAACCAACCAAUCAGAGGUGGUAGAUCAAACUGAGCUUUCUACUGCCUCGUGUGAAAUGGUCACAAUUGGGUCGAUUGAGGGGAAUCCCUGUGACGAGAGAGUGAAAGACACCCAAUGUUUUUGUACUUGUGGUAAACCCGCUAUCAGUGAAUGCACAGGUUGUCAUCGGGCUACAUACUGCUCUACUGCUUGCCAAGAAAAGGAUUGGCUGAAUGGACAUUCUGAAGCUUGCGUUGCAUAUAGAGACAACGAGACAGUGGUAUCUACUUCACAGGAGGACGUAGAGACGUACGUUGUGGUGACGUCAGCAACUACGUCACACAACUCUUCCCCACUUUCUGUAUAGGCCAUGACGUCAUCCGUUUACAUGUAAAUGAAUGUACUGACCAUGUUAUUUUGUAAAAUAAGGUCGAAUAAAAACGUUGUUAUUGUGAGAUGGUGAGGUGUAGUUAGUAGGGUCGGAUACAAUGAGUGAAUCGGUCCCAAAGAUUGUCUCAGUACAGUGCUCUGAAAAUUUUCUUUUACUUAUGGCUUAGGGGAAUGUUGUUAUUGCAAACGUGAACAUCCUUCAUUCGAUCGCAAAAGUGAAAAGCAAUCUUUUAACCGGUGUUUAUGAUGGCGGGACUUUUUCUUAAAAUAAGCAUAAUAUAACAUGGUAAUUUUUAAAUUAUUUUUCAUACAAUAAUAUAAUGUAAGCCUAUAGGGUGUAGCAUGUUAAAAACUAAAUAGCAGUAGGGCAAGAAAAAGAAUGUUUAUACUUGAUUUUCAAAGCGUGCAGUAUUAUUUUGUGUUAUUUACGUAUAUUCCUAAUAAUAGAUACACUUAUUAAGCAAAAUUAACAAUGAUUUUAAACUGUCCUGUCUUACUCUGUGUGUUUUUGAAUCUGUAAAAUUACACCUGUUGUGCGAAU